AUGUCGAAUAUCAGCAAAGCCGGCAUCGAGACCACAGCCGAUGGUGCCUCGUACAUUCCUUCGUCGAAGCGUUCCGACGGUUCUACUAGAAAAGAAAUCAGAGUGAGACCUGGCUACCGGCCUCCGGAAGAUAUAGAAACGUACAAGAAUCGCAGUGCCGAAGCAUGGAAGAACAGAAGUCAAGGCAGUGUGCCCGGGGCCGAGCCUGCCACACCCGCCAAGGAAGACGGCCCCGUGAAGAGCAAGAAUGCCAAAAGAAGGGAAGCCGUUCGAAGAAAGGUCGCGGUGGAGGAGUCAGCAGAGGACCAUCUCGCGUCGGCCAUGGAGAAAACAAACAUCUCAGAUAUAGAGAAGCGCAAGCCAGACGGGCGAGAUCCGUCCAAAUUGCCCGUCAACGAGCCUGCUGGUGGAGCUGAGGUUGAUCUACAGAAGAAAAUACGAAACCAACUCAAGAAGUUGAAGGCAGUUCGUGAGCUGCGAGACAAGCGGGCAGCAGGGGAGAAGUUGUCGCAUGAUCAGAUCAUGAAACUGGGGAAAGAAGGCGAACUACUACGAGACUUAAAGAAAUUGGGAUAUGAUGGGCCGGAAUUGCAAUCAGAAACCUCGGAGUCUACAAACGGAUCAACUCCAGCACAGAACGUGGCGGAUUGA